UUUGUCACUCUUCUGAGCAGACCGAGCAUGACCUUGAUGAGUUUUGUCACUCUUCUGAGCAGACCGAGCAUGACCUUGAUGAGGGCAGAUGGCUUAUAUUUCUGUCUAUUCUGGUGCAAAAAUUGCUGCGAUUUGUCGCUGCGCCAAUGGCAGCUAUUGGCUGGGUGAUCGAAAUGUGCUUGAAUAUCUUCUCAAGCAAACAAAACAUGGUUGGACUGCUGCAAAAUUUUCUGCGAGGUAAGGGAAUGCCAGGUAAAAGCUCAAGAACGUUCGUGUCGUUUAUUGGACAUCUGGACAAGCGAGUAGAGCUGGACAGAAAUAUAAAAUUUACAGAUGGCAAUUAUAAUGCAGCACUUUGUAUGAUGGCGUCUAAAAUAUCUUAUGAGAACAAAUUCUACAUUGAAACUACGGUCCAGAAUCACUGGAAGAUGGAGUUCUUGGGCUCUUACGACUUUUGGAAUGAUUAUCAAGAAAAUGCUACAACACAAGCCUUUGUGGUUCGUGACAGAAGUGAUGAUCAUGACACUAUUGUUGUGGCCUUUAGAGGCACUGAACCCUUUGAUGCGGAUGCAUGGUGCUCUGACUUUGACAUCUCUUGGUAUCAACUCGAAGGAGUUGGAAGGAUCCAUGGUGGAUUCAUGAAAGCUCUAGGUUUACAAAAGAAUGUUGGUUGGCCCGAGCCGGAGGAAUUCAAACAAGACAAUAGCCACCCAGCUUUAGCUUACUAUGGCAUUAGGGAUAUACUGAAAAAGCAUCUGCUUGAAAAUGACAAAGCAAGAUACAUAAUAACCGGGCACAGCUUAGGUGGGGCACUAGCAAUUCUCUUUCCUGCAGUUUUAACAUUUCACAAUGGAAAGGAUUCAGAUCUUCUGUUAAAGAGGUUGGAGGGAGUUUAUACAUUUGGACAGCCUAGAGUUGGAGAUAAGGAUUUUGGACGGUACAUGGAAGAAAAAAUGAUAGAGCAUAAGAUUAAGUAUUUUAGGUCUGUCUAUGGCAAUGACAUCGUCCCCAGGUUGCCGUAUGAUGACAAGGCCCUAAUGUUCAAACACUUUGGGACUUGCCUCUACUAUAAUAGGCAAUACGAAGUUCAGGUUCUUCCGGAGGAGCCAAACAAGAACUAUUUCUCUCCAAUGGAGGCAAUUCCCAUGAUGAUGAAUGCUUUCGGUGAGCUGAUAAGAAGUUUCGCCAUUCCAUAUAGGUUGGGACUGGACUACAAAGAAGGGCCCUUGUUAAAAAUGUUCAGGCUAAUGGGUCUGGUAAUGCCAGGAGCAGCUGCACAUUGUCCACAAGAUUAUGUAAAUGCCACCAGAUUGGGAUCCUCACAUGUCUUCCUCUCCCACCCAACCAUUAUCUAUGAAAACCAAAUGUCGAAAUUCAAAUUUCCCUUAAAUUAA